UACAAACAAUGUAAAGUUACUAUUAAUUAAUGCAGCUCUGCUCUAUCUGUCAUUAUCGUGUGAGUAAAGCUCAGAUGAAUCGGUGAAAGACUCAGUUUAUAAUAAACACCAGUUCAGCCGCCGACAACAAAUGAUGGAGAAACUAUUCGAAUUGUCCACACACAGAGAAACAAACACUGGUGAAACAGCUGAGAUUCAUGACACACUGUUUAUAAAGAUGGCCUUUAUUAAAGAGGAGACUGAAGAUGUGAAGAUUGAAGAAACAUUGAGUCUGAAACAAGAAGAUACUGAGGAACAAACAGACCUGAUGCCGCUGAAAGAGGAGUGUCAAGAAUUUAAUAAAAAGGAAGAACAAAAUAUAUAUGAAAAUUUUGAUUUCACAAAUGGAGAAAAAACUUCUGGUUGCUCAGUGACUGAAAAGACAUCCACACAAAAUGGAAGGCGCUCCUGCAUUCAGUGUGGAAAGUUUUUCUCUAGCCAUGCAUACCUUGAUGUCCAUAUGAGAAUUCACAAAGGAGAGAAGCCUUUUACAUGCAAACGGUGUGGAAGGAGUUUCACUGCCAAAGGAAGCCUUAACCGGCACAUGAGGAUUCACACCGGAGAGAAGCAGUUCACCUGCCAAGAAUGUGGAAAAAGUUUUUCUAAUAGGAGUCACUUUAAAGACCACAUGAGUGUUCACACUGCAGAGAGACCUUUCACCUGCUCUCAAUGUGGAAAAGGUUUCAAUCAAAUAAACUUUCUUAAAAAACACAUCAGAUAUCACUGUGGAGAGAAACCCUACAUACGUCCACAGUGUGGAAAGAGUUUUAGACAUAAAGAAACAUUGAACACCCAUUUGAAAAACCACACUGUAGAAAACCCAUUUGUAUGUUGUCAGUGUGGAAAGAGCUUCAGAUAUAAAGCAACAUUGAACACCCAUUUGAGAGACCACACUAAAGAAAACCCAUUCGUAUGCGAUCAGUGUGGAAAGAGCUUCAGAUGUAAAGUAAAUCUUACAAUGCACAAAAGAGUUCACAUUGUUCACAAACCAGAUGGACCUGAAAUGUCAGUUGCAAUCCCAUCAGUAGCACACUGUUUUCUAUUAAAAAAGUAAUAUACUGUAGAAAAUGAUGCAUUCUGGUCAUUAUCUUCCAUUUUCUGUGAUGGCAAAAUUACUGGGAAUUAAAGGGAACGUAUUAUACCCUUUUUUUUACUAGAUGUCAUUUAAUAGGCAUCCCCAAAAUGUGUCUGUGAUUCAGCUCAGAAUGCCCCAUAGAUCAUUGAUUAUAUCACUCUGAGAAUUACCAUUUUUGAGUGGAAGCAAAAACCUGCUAUUUCUGUGCAUGUCUUUGCAUGUAAAUGAGCUUCUCAGAAUAAGGUUUUACCUUUACAGCUUAUGUCUUGGAUAGUCUACCAAAAUAAAACGUAUAUUUGGUUUUGAUUA